ACCUGAUCGGGAGUUCUGAAGUUUUCAUAGGUUUACGUCCCAAAAUGUCGAGUUUCAGAUUUGAAAAUCGCAGGUCUCUAUCGCCUUUCGUUCUCCAGUUAUUUAAAAAGUAACGAUAAUCACUAUUUUUUUUUGUCGACAAUAUAGAUGAAUAAAUAGAAAUUAUAUAGGUCUACCAAUAUUUAUUUUUCGUUCUAGCACAUGUAUCUUUUGUGGAGAAAAAAAUGAACUAUUUGUUAACGAUGGUUUAGAACAACAUUAUUGGUCAAUUUGUCCGAUGUUAACACGAUGCAAAGAAUGUAAUCAGGUAAUUGAAAUAGCCACUCUAAUUGAUCAUUUACUAAGUGAAUGUACAAAUCAUGAAAAAUAUAGUCAAUGUUUACGUUGUAAUGAAGCGAUAUUAAAAACUGAAUAUGAAAAACAUACAAAAUUAAAAGAAUGUCUUGAAGCAAAGCCGAAUACAAAUCGUUGUCCAUUAUGUCAUAAUAAUAUUGAUUCAAAUGGUGAACAAUCAUGGCGAGAACAUUUAAUGAGCGUUGAUGGUUGUGUUAGAAAUCCAAGACGCGAAUUAGCAAUUAAAAAAAAAAAUAAAGAACAUCAACAACCACAUUUACCCAUAUCACAAAAAUCACAUCAUCCACAACAGCAACAACAACAACAACAACAAUCAUCAACAUCAAAUGUAAUUAAGAAACAGAAUACGAAAAAAGUAACUGGAUUACCCCAACUACCUCGUGAGUUAUGA